AUGAAGAUCCUACUUCUUCUGGGGCUGGUGGUUCUAUCAGAAUGUUUGGUGAAGGUUCCCCUGAGAAAGGGGGAAUCUCUCAGGAACCGUCUGAAGAGACUGGGACUGCUGGGAGAUUAUCUUGAUAAACACCCAUACAAUCCUGCCACCAAAUACUUCCCCGAAUUAGCUCAGGCCUCUGGCGAGCCUCUGCAAAACUACAUGGAUAUUGAAUAUUUCGGCACAAUUUCCAUUGGCACACCAGCCCAGGAGUUCACUGUCAUCUUUGAUACUGGAUCUUCUAACCUGUGGGUUCCAUCUGUGUACUGCUCCAGUCCUGCAUGUACCAAUCACCACAUGUUUAAUCCACAACAGUCAUCCACAUUUCAAUCCACUAACACACCACUGUCUAUCCAGUAUGGUACAGGCAGCAUGACUGGCUACUUGGGAUACGACACAGUGCAGGUUGGAAACAUUGCUAUUACUAACCAGAUAUUCGGACUCAGUCAGUCCGAGCCCGGCUCUUUCCUGUACUACUCUCCAUUCGAUGGGAUCUUGGGUUUGGCUUUCCCAAGCUUGGCAUCUUCUCAGGCUACACCAGUCUUUGACAACAUGUGGAGUCAAGGCCUCAUUCCUCAGGACCUCUUCUCUGUUUAUCUUAGCUCUAAUGGGCAGAGUGGCAGCUUUGUUCUCUUUGGUGGGGUGGACACCUCUUACUACAGCGGAAGCUUGAACUGGAUCCCUCUGACAGCUGAAACCUACUGGCAGCUCACAGUUGACAGCAUAUCUAUCAAUGGACAAGCCAUUGCAUGCAGUGGCUCCUGCCAAGCCAUUGUUGAUACUGGUACCUCUCUCCUUGCUGGACCUCCAAACCCCAUUGCCAACAUUCAGUACUACAUCGGAGCAACCCAGGACUCCAAUGGGCAGUAUGUGAUCAACUGCAACAGCAUUAGCAGCAUGCCAACUAUUGUUUUCACCAUCAAUGGAGUACAGUUCCCACUGCCAGCCAGUGCCUACGUGCGCCAGAACCAGCAAGGAUGCACCAGUGGAUUCCAAUCCAUGAACCUCCCGACCAGCUCAGGAGACUUGUGGAUUCUGGGAGAUGUAUUUAUUCGUGAAUACUAUGUGGUGUUUGACAGAGCCAAUAACUACGUGGCAAUGGCUCCUCUUGCCUAAAUUACACCUAUGCCUACGCUCAUUUACUCAUGUUCCUCUUUCCUUUCCAUUACUUCUUAAAACAUGGUUUCAGUUAUUUUCCCCCACUGGAGCUAUAAGCAACAUCUUGCCCCUAACUCCCCACAAAUAUGUGUAGCCUCAGGACAAAAAGCGGUUUGUUGUGACACCUCAGCAAUGAAUGGGUUAAUUUUGUUUAUGUUUAUUUAAUCUUUUUCCCUGCAGUCAGAAUUAACACAGUUUAAUAAUCCUGUCACUUGCUUUUCCUAGUCAUCGGGAAUGUUGCAUCACGACAUGUUUGUAAUGUGUCAGACACGAUUGUAAUCACAAUGUUCUGCAUAUACCAUUUUGAA